AACUGAUUGUGAAGCCGUUUUCCAUCGUUUUGUUCUGCCCUUCUGCAGUCCACAAGCGAAGUGCUUAAAUUUUUUAGCUUCCAUAAUAUGAUGUUUUUGUUAUAAACUUUGUCGUUCGCUGCUAAUAUUAGGACAGUAAUUAUUAGUUACUCUUAUACUGUUUGAUUUGGUCGAACAAUUUUCCGUUUUGCGUGUGAGUAUUAUAAUGGGAGAAAAGCUUCUGUACACGAAUAUGGAAAACAACAGCAAAGACCUCCCAGUUACUAAUCUGUCGACGACCAUCUGCCGGGAAUUCGAAAAAAUCAACAUUUUACCGGCGACAGUCAACUUUGUGGAUGGAUACGAAAAUCCAGUCGCGUGGAGAAAGAGGUACAAGGUGUGCGGUGAUCAGUCAAAGGAUGUACUGUUCGAUAACCUGGACAUGAAGGCCAUCACCCAGGAUCAAUAUGGCAUGCAACAUGACACGUACCCUGAAUUCAUCAAAUGGAAACUAUUUGGUUAUAACAUAGUUAUAUGUUAUGAAUAUAUUGCUGAAGGAAAGUCAAAUAAAGCUUUGGAUAUUAUUGGUGAAAUCGAGAUUAUUUUAUCAUCUAUUGGAAAAAACGAUCAAUUUUUAAAAUCUAUUAAGAUUGCUCUCAAUCACAUAACAUUUUCAAUGAAAGGUUAUUUGUUCAAAUUGUGUUCAAUUAAAAAUAUGGUAUUGGAGCAUUUUAUAAUGCCAAAUAAUAUGAACAAUGCAAAUAAAGCUGGAUUAUUUGGUGUUCAAACAUUAUUCUUUUAUGAGUAUGGCUUGCCUUGUGCACAAAUAGCAAAAGAUAGCGCACUUAAAGCAGUAUCAUUAAAUGAAACUGAAGCUGAGUGGUAUUUUUUAAUGGCCAGAGUAUUAACACAUUGGCAAAGAACAUGUGGUAAUUAUUUUGAAUGUUCUGAACAAGAAAUUAAAGCAUCUGAAAUGGCAGUUAAACUUGGUAACAAGGAUCACCAUAAAUUACAUUUAAUUCAUAUAUAUUAUAGGAUGAGUAAAAAUAUGAAUAAAAAUAAAAAUGCCAAAAAUCAACUUCUAGAAGAAGCAUUAAAAUUACUUAUUGAAGUAAUAGACAGCACAAAAGAUUUUCUUUUGCUAAAAAAUUGUUUACUUAGCUUGUCAAAAAUAGCUCAAAAUAAAGAGUAUAACAAUGAUAUUACUAUAAUUUUAGAACAACUUAUUGAUGCAUUAAAAGAUAGUGAUAAUGGUUAUGUUCAUGGUGCAAUUGGAAACUACUAUUUGUUUAAUAAAAAGGAUUAUCUAAAGGCCAAUUUUCAUCUUAAGAAAGCUUAUGAUGUUAAAAGCUUUGGUUGUUCUAUUGAUUACAUUUAUACAUUCUUUAAAAUAAAUGCAGAAACCGCACCAGUAGAACAAAUGUUGGUGGACUUAUUAAAAACAUUUCCUCAUCCUGUGCAUCAAGAAAAGCUUCUGAGUCAAAUUGUAUCAUAUCUUAUUCUAACCAAGAAUGAUCUCAUACAAGCACUUAAAUACAUUCCAAUGUUAUUGAACAUAAAAAAUGUGACUUGUAUUUACAGUCUUCUGACACAUAGAGCCAAAUUUAAUAACUAUACUAAAGAAGUUAAUUUGUUAGAUGUUUUGUCUAAAGAACUAUCUUUAGCUUUAAGAAAUACAACAUUGUCAACAGAUGAUCAAAAAAAAGUUACAGAAGUUAUGAAUAUUCUAGAGCCAUAUAAAUUAUAUGUAUCAAAUUUGAUGAAAAAUAAAGGACAUAUUUUUGAAAACAAAGUUGCUAAUGAUUCUAAAGUUAAAACAACACGAUAUAAUAAUGAAACUGAGCGUAAGGAAUCAUGGACCCAUAACAAUUAUAAACAGACUGUAAAUUCUGUGAAGAAUAAGGAAGAAGGUAAUUGGAGGACUUUAAAACCAGAUUCUACUCUAAAAACUACAGUUUUUAUGCGUAAUAAUCACACUCAGAUGAAAAAACCAUGGUAUGGAAAUCAAGAUAACCUUUAAUAUGAACUAAUAAAAAAAAAAAUUAUAAUUUUAAAUUUGAACCUUGUUAAU